AUGGUUACAAAGCGUCACCAGGAGACAGUGGUGACGAGAGGAGCCAUCGAGAAUGAUACCAUAUCGGGGGUUGCCGCCAAGUAUUGGGCUCCAUUCACCAAGGAAACCCAUGAGAAGUUCGACGCCAAACUUAUUGACAUUAUCUAUGAGAACGAGAUGCUAAAGACACAGUUUAACUCGCGAAAAAUCAUGAUGCUGGAGUUUUCGCAGUACUUGGAAGAGUAUUUAUGGCCUAAUUAUCAGGCCCAAUCGGCUUCCAAAGCCUAUAAUCUGUCGAUUGUGGUGAUGGUGAAUGAGAAGUUCCGCGAGAGAAGUCUCGAUGCGUGGGCGUGCUUUUCGAAGAAAGCCGACGAGUUUUCGGGCUUUUUCCGCAGAGUUCUAGAGCUGUCGCUUCAGGAAGAGGGUCUAAAAACUGAUCUGUAUAUGACAAAAAUGACCUGA